AUGUCUGGACCGCCUGGGACUGCCCUCAAUGUCACGUCAGACGCGACCGAUGCACACACCCGUGCUGUUGCCGAGAAACUGGAAUGCGGUACCGGGAGUGACGAAAAGACUCUCAAAUGCUUGAGAGGCUUGUCCAUGGAGACGCUGUUAGAAGCGGCAAUGGAGCACUCGGUGAACAAUCACCCGCCCAAUGGACUCUUUACUUUCAUUCCUUCGGUCGACGGCGACUUCAUACCAGAUCGGCACUCGGUAUUGUACAAGGCGGGUAGAUUCGCGAAAGGAAUUCCGAUAGUCUACGGCUGGACCCAUGACGACGGAAGCGGCAAUGCCGGGCCUCCCUCGAAUUUCCAGACAGAGGAGGACAUGAAGGGUGCCUUCAAAACCUUUGUCCACGCUCUCACCGACGAUGACUACACAAAGCUCUUCUCUCUCUACCCUGCAUCCGACUUCGAAGAAGAAUCCAGCAACUACGAACUCACCAGAAGAGAGUCGGAUCCUCCCGUGCCUAUCCCCUUCUUCCGCGUCUCCCGCAUCCUUCGGGAUCUCCUAUUCUCCUGCACCUCAGUCGGCUUCGGGUACGAGAUGUCACGCCAGUCCAAGGCGCUAGACCCUUCGUUCCCGGGGGUCCGCCUGUACGACUUGAACCAGAGCAUGCUAACCCCGAUGAUUGCCGCCAUUGGCAUGCCAUACAUGGGUGCCUGCCACGGGAGCGACUCGCACUACAUCCUCAACGGCCUGUUCCCCGAAGGCGAGGUAUCGGAGUCGGACCAGAUACUGUCCAGGUCGAUGGCCGGUUCCUUCAUCAACUUCGCGUACAACGGGGAUCCGGCCUUUGCAGGAGACGAACACCUCGACUCUUGGCCUGAAUCCUUCCCGGAACCCGGUCAUCCUGGCGCACCUCUGCCCCCGGCCGUCAACGUACAACUAUCGGCGGUCCUCUGGGCACGGGAUCUGGCGCUUUGA